AAAGCCGGGAAAGAGGCGUGCCAACCGUGACGUCACAGGAAGCGACUUCUUUCGCUGGUGUCGCCGGAACACGAGUUUCACGAUGGAUGACAUCAGCAUCAACAUUGGCGGUGGAUCACCUCCGUCGUCAUUUCCCAAGAGGAUCUCAAAAACUGUGGCGCGCAACCACGGCGCCAAGAGGAAGUUGACUUCCGCUGACGAGCAACGACGCGGCGGCAAGCGCGCCAGGCCGCAAGAGGCAAGGCACGAGGCAGAGGCCCCUCCUCCUCAGACCCACAGGAAAUUGGACGCGAGGACCGGCAUUAAGACCUCGUCUCUAUUCAAACACAACCCGGACAUCCCUCGGAUCGACAGAGCAGACGUGUCGCAGUUAACGGAGAAGAUCUUUACUUCGGACUCCUUCUCGGACUUGAACCUGCACCCCCACUUGGUGGCGACGCUGAACAAAGUCCUGAACGUCUCCACGCUGACCAGCGUUCAGAAGCAGACCAUUCCCGCUCUCCUGUCGGGACGAGACGCCGUGGUUCGCUCUCAGACCGGCUCAGGUAAGACGCUGUCCUUCGCCGUCCCGCUCGUCCAGUCGCUGCAGGCGCUGGAACAGAAGGUGUGCCGCUCGGACGGUCCGCUGGCCGUGGUCAUCGUGCCCACCAGAGAGCUGGCCCUGCAGACCUUCCACACCUUCCAGAAGCUUCUCAAGCCCUUCAUGUGGAUCGUUCCCGGCGUCCUAAUGGGCGGGGAGAAGCGGAAGUCCGAGAAGGCCAGACUGCGAAAGGGAAUCAACAUCCUGGUCUCCACUCCUGGACGCCUGGUGGAUCACAUCCAACACACCCUCAGCAUCGCCUUCAGUGCGGUCCGAUGGCUGGUUCUGGACGAGGCUGACCGGAUCCUGGACAUGGGCUUCGAGAAGGACCUGUCAAUCAUUUUAAAUUCUUUGAACUCCACGGGACCAAGCAGACAAAAUGUUCUCUUGUCAGCCACACUAACACACGGCGUGACCCGUCUAACAGACGUUUGUUUGAACGAGCCAAUCAGCAUCCAUCUUUCUGAGCCCGCCCCCUCCGACGACCUUGCCGCCGUGACCCCCGAACCCCCCGCGGGCGACCAGUCGGAGAGUUUUGCGGUCCCGUCGGCGCUGAAGCAGUUUGUGGCGGUGGUCCCGAGCAAAGUCCGCCUGGUGUGUCUGGCCGCCUUCGUCCUGGACAAAUGCCAGCUCUCGGAGGACCACAAGGUGAUGGUGUUCGUGUCCAGCUGCGAGGAGGUGGACUUCCUGCACUCGAUCCUUGUCGGCGUGCUGGCGGCCAAUCAGAAACCCCCGCCGAGCUUCCUGCGUCUCCACGGCAACAUGCAGCAGGAGGAGCGCUCCGAAGUCUGGCGGAAGUUCUCCUCUGAUGCACGCGGGGUUCUGCUGUGCACGGACGUCGCCGCUCGAGGUCUGGACCUCCCUCAGGUCACCUGGAUCCUUCAGUACACCCCGCCCAGCACCGCGGUAGAGUACGUCCACCGGGUCGGCCGCACGGCUCGAAUCGGAGCGGGAGGAAGCAGCCUCCUCCUCCUCACUCCGGCAGAGUCCGCCUUCAUCUCGGAGCUGGCCAAUCACAACAUCAGCCUGGCAGAGAUGCAGCUGUUGGACAUCCUGUCCAGCCUCAUGAGGGACAACACCUACAAGGGGCGGGGCAAGUACCACAGCAAGACCUCCACCAAAGCUCGCGACCAGGACAUGCGUGAACGAGCGACGGUCCUGCAGACGCACUUCGAGAACUUCGUCCACGCCAACGCCACGUCUCUGCAGAACGCCAAGAAAGCGCUGCAGUCCUACCUGAGGGCGUACACCAGCUACCCCGCCCACCUCAAGCACGUCUUCCACAUCCGCGCCCUCCACCUGGGACACGCCGCCAAGAGCUUCGGCCUGCGAGACGCUCCACGUGGCCUCAGCGCCGCCGGCCGACCCAGGAAGGAGGGGAAGGUGAACGCCAGGCGAGGCGUCAAAAAGACCGGCGUGCCGAAGAAGUUCUUUUCAGGUCACAAGAACCUCGCCUUGCUUCGCGCAGAGUUCUCCAGCGGCUUGGACGCGCCCAAGAAGAAGACGAAGAAGGAGGAGGAGGAGCUACAGUGACCACCUGUGUAUUCUUCAGUCAUGUGACAUUGAAAUUAGAGGAGGAGGAGCUACAGUCACCACCUGCGUAUUCUUCAGUCAUGUGACGUUGAAAUUAAAGAAGACGAAGGAGGAGGAGCUACAGUCACCACCUGUGUAUUCUUCAGUCAUGUGACAUUGAAAUUAGAGUAGGAGGAGCUACAGUCACCACCUGCGUAUUCUUCAGUCAUGUGACAUUGAAAUUAAAGAAGACGGAGGAGGAGCUACAGUCACCAUCUGUGUAUUCUUUAGUCAUGUGACAUUGAAAUUAAAUGAGGAGGAGCUACAGUCACCACCUGUGUAUUCUUCAGUCAGGUGACAUUCAAAUUAAAGAAGACGGAGGAGGAGCUACAGUCACCACCUGUGUAUUCUUUAGUCAUGUGACAUUCAAAUUAAAGGAGGAGGAG